AUGGAUAUAGACAAUGUUGUAAAAGUUGAUCUGCCUACUAGUCUGUACAUGACUUGGGCUGGGAAAAGUAUCAUUCCCCAACUGGAAGCUCUCUUUCAUGCUUUUCAAUUAGCUGAGAUGAAUACUCCUAAAAUCAGAAGGUGGACCAAAUUUACAGGACCAGAAGCAAUGAAUACAAGAAAAUUUGGUGACAGAUCCGAUGUCUACAGUUUCGGAAUUGUUCUCUGUGUUAUCUUAACGGCUAAGCUUCCAUAUGAGACUUUGGAUAACUUAGCGACUAGACAAACAGCCUUACGUGUUCUGUGGGGAGCAAGGCCUGAGCUUCCAAGUGAAACGAAUCCAAGACUAAAGAACUUAAUCGAUAAAUGCUUGGAUGAAGAUUCUAUAACUGAUUACGCCUACGCUUACGCCUACGCUUACGCCUACGCUUACGCCUACGCUUACGCCUACGCUUACGCCUACGCUUACGCCUACGCUUACGCCUAUAGCAUCCGCCUCUCCUUCAACAUCAAACUCAACCUCAACGUUGGUGCUAAGGAAUCGAUUCGGGGUAUUAGCAGAUAA